AUGACGAGAAAUUAUAUUUUUUUGUUAGAAGUAUCGGUGGCCGAUCAUGAAAUUUCGAUUCUUUUUGUUAUUUUAUCACAAAAUGCUGAUUACGAUGCUCGUAGAACUUCUGUUUUGUUCGAUUCGCUAAAGAAACAAAUUUCGGAGAAUACAAAUUUGCAUGCCGAUAUUUUGAGAACAUAUGAAGAUCUACCGGAAUUGACUGGGGCCUGGGCAGUUUGGCCGAUGCUGGAAAGUCUAUCUCGAAAAUAUAAGGAAACCUUGUGGGAUUGGUUAUUGAUCUGUGAGCCGGAUACGGUAUUGAAUGUUAGUGCUUUGAUUGGAUAUCUGAAUUCUUUUGAUCGGAACGUAGUUCAUGCAAUUGGACGAGGAUUAAGUGAUGAAACCUAUACAAUAAUUCAUCACUUUUUCAAAUAUGAUGAUGAGCGGCAUUUUCUUUAUCCUGACUUUGCUGCUGGACUAGCACUUUCGUGGACUUUAUUUCGAGAUACCGAUGUCUUGGCUUGGGAAGGUUUCACAAUCGAUGCAAAAUAUGAAUUUGCCAGAUUACUGAAAGAUAAACGUGAUAUCAGAUUAAACAACACACUGUCUUUUUGUCUUUUGGAACACGAAUCACAAUGUAUUACUAAAUAUGUACAGCCGGACUUUCAGUGCAUUAAUAAAAUAACCAACAAUGAUGUCUAUUUUGCGAUCAAAACCUUCAGCGAAUUCCAUAAAACGCGUAUUGUAAUUGUAAAGCGAACUUGGGCAAAAACAGCGAAAUAUGUAGAAUAUUUUAGCGACAUGGAAGAUCAUUAUGUACCAACUGUGAAUCUUGGCAUUCAAAAUACAGAAAGAGGGCACUGUGGAAAAACUUUUGGUAUACUGGCAUAUUAUCUGAAAAACGAUGAGACGUUAAAAACGAAAUGGUUAGUGAUAGCAGAUGACGACACAUUGAUAAGCGUUCCGAGGCUGCAUGAACUUUUAUCAUGUUAUGAUGCAGAAAAGGAAAUAAUCAUCGGUGAAAGAUAUGGUUAUGGUUUUAGUACUGAUGGUCGUGAAGGAUAUGAUUAUCCAACUGGUGGUGCUGGGAUGAUAUUUUCGCGAAAAGCCGUAGAAAAAAUUACAGUUUUUUGUGGUUGUCCGAGUAUUGAUUCACCUGAUGAUAUGGUUAUUGGAAUGUGCGCUCGUCGUCUUGACAUUCCCAUAAUUCACUCCGCAGCCUUUCAUCAGGCUCAGCCAGAUGAUUAUCCAGAAUUGUAUCUUAAACGAAUACGACCUAUAUCAUUUCAUAAAUUUACGGAUAUAGAUCCAUAUAAAGUUUACAUGGAACGUUUACAUGAAGCAUCCGCUCAAACACCCAGUCGCCCAGUACAUUUCGAGUUAUGA